GCCAAAGUUUUACUAUCAACAACGAAUGCACCGCAGCCAUUUACUGCUGAGGAAAUACUUAUGCUGAAAGAUAUUGAAAAAGUAUUGGCUUUCUUUCAGCAAGCAAGCGAGAAAAUUUCUGGCGGAAAAUACGUAACGAUAUCGCUGAUUAUUCCCAUGACAUAUGGACUUUUUCGGAAAAUCGAAAGUGUUGUACCUUUACUACAAACUCUUCAAGGAAAAACUUUAAACAAAAUAUUGAUGGAAUCAAUCAAGCAACGUCUUUCCGUAUAUGAGCAGAGAACAGUCUGCAGGAUGGCUACGCUUUUGGAUCCACGGUUCAAAAAAAGUGGAUUUCAACAUAGCUCAAACGCUGAACAAGCAGCAACAUGUUUUGAAAAUGAGCUGGCCAAUUUUCCAGUUAAAGAGACCGCAAGUAAUCAACCCGUAGCACCGGAUUCAAGUUUACAGGAUACUUUGUUAGAUUUUUUGGGUGAGCGUUCCAUGAAUAAUUCUGUAAACUCAAGAGUAGAUGCAAUUUUAACUAAGAGGCAGUAUCUGGAAAGGGCAAUUGUCGGACAAGAUAUCGACCCUCUAUUAUGGAUGAAGGUGAAUCAAACUGAUUUCCCUGCCAUUGGGAGCCUUUUCGCCAAAUAUCUUUGCAUUCCGGCUACGUCCGUGGAGUCUGAAAGAACAUUCAGCAAGGCGGGCCAAAUAAUAUCGGAGAGGCGAACCCGGCUCAAAGAAAAAAAUGUUAACAUUCUUUUGUUUUUAAAUCGCAACUCUUGGCUGAAAUAAAGC